CCUGGAGCCCUCAACAUGAAUACCAAGGACACCACCGAGGUUGCUGAGAACAGCCACCACCUGAAGAUCUUUCUCCCCAAGAAGCUGCUGGAGUGUCUUCCUCGCUGUCCGCUGCUGCCUCCAGAGCGGCUUCGCUGGAAUACAAAUGAGGAGAUUGCGUCCUAUUUGAUCACCUUUGAGAAGCAUGACGAGUGGCUGUCCUGUGCCCCAAAGACAAGGCCUCAGAACGGCUCCAUUAUCCUCUACAACCGCAAGAAGGUGAAGUACCGGAAGGAUGGUUACCUCUGGAAGAAGCGCAAGGACGGGAAGACCACCCGCGAGGACCACAUGAAGCUGAAAGUCCAGGGCAUGGAGCAGCCCUGGCUCCUUCUCUGUGCCCUACUCUUAGCAACUCUGGGCCACCCCAGCCCGGCGGUUGACACCUAGACGGUACCGCCUCGGUUCUGUUCUCUUGUCCUGUUUCUGUGCCUUUACGAGUCUCUCUCAGCUACUUCUGCGGGCUCCUGCAGUCCUGUUAAUUUGGGGAGAAGGGGCACCGCUUCUGCCUCCCAGUGGCCACAGUCGGUAUUACAUCUCGUACACCCGCAAAGGGCCAGGAAACGCCUGGAGGCUGCCGGUAAGGGAAGGUGGAGAAUGAGGUGUCCUUUCCCUUUUCUCCUCCCACCCUUUUCCGCUGCAGGUUCCGGGAGCCUCACCCACAAAUGCAGCAGCACGAAACACCGCAUCAUCUCUCCCAAAGUGGAGCCCCGAGCUUUAACCCUGACCUCUGUCUCCCACCCCCACCCCCCUGAGCCUCCUCCGCUGAUCGCCCCUCUUCCCCCAGAGCUCCCCAAGGCACAUACUUCCCCUUCUUCUUCCUCCUCCUCUUCCUCCUCUUCCUCAGGCUUUGCGGAACCCCUAGAGAUCAGACCUAGCCCACCCACCUCUCGAGGGGCGUCAUCCAGAGGAGGCACUGCAAUCCUCCUCCUGACGGGACUGGAGCAGCGCACUGGGGGCCUGACACCCACCAGGCACUUGGCCCCCCAAGCUGACCCCGGGCCUUCCGUGAGCUUGGCCGUGGUUGUAGGAUCCGAGCCCCCUGCCCCACCAGCUCCUCCCAGCCCUGCUUUCGACCCCGAUCGUUUUCUCAACAGCCCCCAGAGGGGCCAGACAUACGGAGGGGGCCAGGGGGUGAGCCCGGACUUCCCCGAGGCAGAGGCCGCCCACACCCCCUGCCCUGCCCUAGAACCCGCUGCUGCCCUGGAGCCCCAGGCGGCUGCUCGGGGUCCCCCUCCACCGCCUGGAGCAGGUGGGAGAAGAGGAAACCGUUUCUUUAUUCAAGAUGACGGUAGCGGGGAGGAGCUCAAGGCCCAGGGGGCUGCCCCACCCGCACCUUCACCCCCUCCUUCACCCCCACCUUCACCUGCCCCCUUGGAGCCAGCAGGCAGGGGAGGCAGAGGGGAGGCCUUGUUUGGAGGAGCUGCUGGGGCCAGCGAACUGGAGCCCUUCGGUCUCUCGUCAUUCCCUGACCUCAUGGGAGAGCUCAUCAGCGACGAGGCUCCAGGCGCCCCUGCCCCAGCCGCCCCACUCUCUCCUGCUCUUAGCAGCAUCACGGACUUCUCCCCAGAGUGGUCCUACCCGGAGGGUGGGGUCAAGGUGCUCAUCACAGGUCCCUGGACUGAGGCCGCCGAGCAUUACUCCUGUGUCUUUGAUCACAUCGCGGUGCCAGGCUCACUCGUCCAGCCUGGCGUCUUGCGCUGCUACUGUCCUGCCCAUGAGGUGGGGCUGGUGUCUUUGCAGGUGGCAGGGCGGGAGGGGCCCCUUUCCGCCUCUGUGCUCUUUGAGUAUCGAGCCCGCCGAUUCCUGUCACUGCCUAGUACUCAGCUUGACUGGUUGUCUCUGGACGCUGUUUCCCUGUGGCACCUGCUUCUCCUGGUCCUGCAGAUGUGGGCCUGUGCCCUGGGACACCUGGAAGCCGCCGUGCUCCUCUUCCGCUGGAACAGACAGGCGCUGAGCAUUCCCGACUCACUGGGCCGGCUGCCCUUGUCCGUGGCACAGUCCCGGGGCCACGUGCGCCUCGCCCGCUGCCUGGAAGAGCUGCAGAGACAGGAAGCUUCGCUGGAGCCCCCACUUGCCCUGUCGCCCCCCUCCUCCAGCCCAGACACUGGGCUGAGCGGGGUCUCGUCGCCCUCAGAGCUGUCGGAUGGCACAUUCUCUGUCACAUCAGCUUAUUCGAGCGCCCCGGACGGUAGUCCUCCCCCCGCUCCUCUGCCGGCCUCAGAGAUUCCGAUGGAAGAGACUGUCCCAGGCCAACUCUCCGCUGGGGCCCCUGAGGCCCCCCUAUUCCUCAUGGACUGUGAAACCACCAACUCCCAAAGGCCAGCACCCUCAUCGCCUCCUCUCCCACCAACCACCGAAGGGGGGACUGCUCCUGAGGAAGCAGACGGCCCACUGGCCGUGGACGUGAUCCCGGUGGACAUGAUCUCACUGGCCAAGCAGAUCAUUGAAGCCACACCAGAGCGGAUUAAACGAGAGGACUUCACGGGGCUGCCCGAGGCUGGAGCACCAAUGAGGGAGCGGACAGGGGCCCUGGGGCUCAGCGAGACCAUGUCCUGGCUGGCCAGCUACCUGGAGAACGUGGACCAUUUCCCCAGCUCAGCCCCGCCCAGCGAACUGCCCUUCGAGCGUGGUCGCCUGGCCGUCCCUCCCGCCCCUUCCUGGGCAGAGUUUCUGUCCGCUUCUGCCAGCGGCAAGAUGGAGAGCGACUUCGCCCUGCUAACGCUGUCGGAUCACGAGCAGCGGGAGCUGUACGAGGCGGCUCGAGUCAUCCAGACGGCCUUCCGGAAGUACAAGGGCCGGAGGCUGAAGGAGCAGCAGGAGGUGGCGGCUGCAGUGAUCCAGCGCUGCUACCGGAAGUACAAGCAGCUGACCUGGAUCGCGCUCAAGUUUGCGCUGUACAAGAAGAUGACCCAGGCGGCCAUCCUGAUCCAGAGCAAGUUCCGGAGCUACUAUGAGCAGAAGCGGUUUCAGCAGAGCCGCCGGGCGGCCGUGCUCAUCCAGCAGCACUACCGCUCCUACCGCCGCCGGCCCGCAGGCAGCCUGCCCGCCCGCACCAGAGGGACCCGUUAG